CAGUUAGGGUUUAUCUGUAUUUAACUAUUACAUCGAUCGGAGCCGCUCCGAUCGGCAAGUUUCUUUCUUUUUUUGUAUGUAAAAAUUGGAGUAAAACCGAAGAUUAAUAUGAAAUCCAUGGAGGUCAGCGUCUUCUGGAUUUGUUUGCUUCUGCUUACUUGCUCAAAUUUCAUUCGGGCCGAGGACUCCACAACUAACAAGUUCCGAGAGCGACGGGCGACCGACGACGAACUUGGUUUUCUGGAAAUAGAUGAGGAUGCAUUGUUGAACACACGGUGUCCUCGAAAUUUGGAGUUGAGAUGGCAAACUGAAGUUAGCUCUAGCAUAUAUGCAACUCCAUUGAUAGCAGAUAUCAAUAGUGAUGGAAAGCUUGAUGUGGUAGUUCCCUCAUUUGUUCACUAUCUUGAAGUUCUAGAGGGUUCUGAUGGAGACAAAAUGCCAGGCUGGCCAGCUUUUCACCAAUCAACUGUGCAUUCUAGUCCUCUUUUGUAUGAUAUUGAUAAAGAUGGUGUGAGAGAGAUUGCCCUAGCUACAUACAAUGGCGAAGUGCGCUUUUUCAGGGUGUCAGGCUAUAUGAUGAUGGAAAAAUUGGAAGUCCCUCGCAGGAAAGUUCGUAAAGAUUGGUAUGCAGGCUUGCAUUCUGAUCAGGUGGACCGUUCUCAUCCAGAUGUUCAUGAUGAUUUGUUGGUCCAGGAGUUGGCGGAAAGGAAUUCAGUUGCCCAAACAAAUGGAAGUACACCUGAAUCUAACAAUACAGCAUCUACAUCAACAGAAAGACAGCCAUAUCCGGCAAAUGCAACCAGUGUAGAUGCUGGAAGGAAAAUGAAUGAAAGUCAAACAGAGGAAAACAUCAAAUUGCCUUCUAGUCCUGAUAAUUCUUCUGUAAAUGGUGGGCCAGUGGGAAUGAAUAAUACAGAGAAUAGAACAAGAACUAGUCCUGAUAAUUCUUCUGUAAAUGCUGGGUCAGUGGGAAUGAAUAAUACAGAGAAUAGAACAAGUUCUGGGAGACGGCUUCUGGAAGAUGAUGACUCAAAAGGGUCACAGGAAGGUGGUUCUGAGUCUAAAAAUAACAAUGAUGGUUUUCAGACUGUGGAAAAUGAUGAAGGUUUAGAAGCAGAUGCAGAUGCAUCAUUCGAGUUACUCCGUGAUACUGAAGAGUUAGCUGAUGAAUAUAGUUAUGACUAUGAUGAUUAUGUUGAUGAAUCCAUGUGGGGAGAUGAAGAGUGGACUGAAGAGCAACAUGAGAAGCUGGAAGAUUAUGUGGAUAUUGAUUCACACAUCUUAUGUACUCCUGUCAUUGCUGACAUCGACAAUGAUGGGGUAUCAGAAAUGAUUGUUGCUGUUUCCUACUUCUUUGAUCAUGAGUAUUAUGACAACCCAGAGCACAGUAAGGAGCUUGGUGGUAUUGAUAUCAGAAAAUAUGUUGCUGGUGGUAUUGUUGUUUUCAAUCUUGACACAAAACAGGUUAAAUGGACUACACCACUAAAUGUCAGUACAGACAGCGAAAACUUUCAUGCAUAUAUAUACUCUUCUCCUACUGUUGUUGAUUUGGAUGGCGAUGGGAACUUGGACAUUCUUGUUGGAACUUCAUUUGGCUUGUUCUACGUCUUGGAUCAUCAUGGAAACAUCAGAGAAAAGUUUCCUCUUCAAAUGGCUGAAAUUCAAGGUGCUGUAGUAGCAGCUGAUAUAAAUGAUGAUGGCAAGAUUGAACUAGUGACAACAGAUUCACACGGAAAUGUUGCUGCUUGGACUGCAGGAGGAGUUGAGAUUUGGGAAAAUCAUCUGAAGAGUCUUGUUCCACAGGGUCCUUCCGUGGGUGAUGUUGAUGGAGACGGCCAUACUGAUCUUGUGAUUCCCACUGUAUCAGGAAAUAUUUAUGUUCUCAGUGGAAAGGAUGGUUCAAUAGUCCGUCCUUAUCCUUACAGAACUCAUGGGAGAGUGAUGAAUCAAGUUCUUCUAGUUGAUUUAAGCAAACGUGGGGAGAAAAGCAAGGGACUGACUAUUGUUACUACAUCUUUUGAUGGAUAUUUGUACCUGAUAGAUGGACCCACAUCGUGUGCUGAUGUUGUUGACAUUGGUGAAACUUCAUACAGUGCAGUCUUGGCAGACAAUGUUGAUGGUGGAGAUGAUCUUGAUCUUAUUGUUACAACUAUGAAUGGAAAUGUCUUUUGCUUCUCUACUCCUGCUCCACACCAUCCGCUUAAGGCAUGGAGAUCAACAAAUCAAGGAAGAAACAAUGCUGCAUACAGAUACAACCGUGAGGGCAUUUAUGUUACCCAUUCAUCAAGGGCUUUCCGUGAUGAGGAAGGCAAAAGCUUCUGGGUGGAGAUUGAGAUUGUAGAUAAACAUCGAUACCCAUCAGGGAAUCAAGGGCCCUAUAAUGUCACCACAACCUUGUUAGUCCCGGGUAACUACCAAGGAGAAAGGAGGAUAAGGCAAAACCAGAUUUUCAACAUUCCUGGAAGAUAUCGCAUAAAACUUCCAACUGUUGGGGUAAGGACUACAGGGACCAUUGUGGUGGAGAUGGUUGACAAGAAUGGACUCUAUUUCUCAGAUGAUUUCUCCCUCACAUUCCAUAUGCAUUAUUACAAACUUCUGAAGUGGCUUCUUGUCCUACCAAUGCUGGGAAUGUUUGGCGUGCUUGUCAUCCUUCGUCCACAGGAGGCCAUGCCUUUGCCAUCAUUCUCACGGAAUACUGACUUGUAACUGCCGUCCUCUAUUAGACCACAACACUUUCGAAGGUUACCAAAGCAUGCCUAGAACCAAAAGGUCAGUUAUAUUGGCAACUUUAGAUAUUGAAUCCUUCAAAUUUAGAUAGCCAAACACAAAUGAUUACCAGUUGCUUAGAAGGCAGUAUGCUUAAACUGAAAUUUAAAUUUUGGACUUUAGAGGAAAUAUGGAAGUUGUAACAUAGUUGAAUUUGAGUUUAUUGUUAGCUAAGCGAGGAAAUUGAUAAUUAUCCACACUCAUUACUGAAUGUGAAGUCUCCUCUCUUAUCCAUGUGUUGUUAAUACCAAGUUUUGCAAUCAGUUGCUCCCGAGUCCUGCCUUCGUGCCAUAGCCCGAGCUUGAGCUACUUCCUAGUGGUGCUGCUGUGGCAUUAAGUUGAGUCUAACUAGUCCAAAUGGUAUCUGCAGCUUUUAACUGUGUGCCGUGUUUGGUUUUGCAAGUUUAGCAUUAGAAAAUACUGCACUUAAGGUGAAAUGAGAAAAAUGCUAUUUACCAUCAAAAGGCCACUCUUGCUUUGCCCCAUGUACAUUGGGAAACAAGGGGACUUGGUAUCAAAAAUGCUUGUUACAGCUGCAACAUGGCAUCCUUACCCGAUCAAAGGCAUUGUAUUUUCUCAUUUCCAACAUGAGGUGCGAGGAGAAGUUUGCA